AUGGCGCUCGCCCGGGUUAUCGCUGAUUCGGAUGAUUCCGACGACGACUUCGAACUGGGAGAUAGCCCUUUGAAACCGCCAACUCCCAAAGUCCCGAGCGGAAGCCGUUCCUCCGACCCUGCCAGUAUCGCGACUGGCUCAACCGAUCCCAAAUUCUUCCAAGAGGUCUACACUGAGCAACAACGCGCGGCUGCUAUUGAGACAACAACGAUUCCCGGCCAAUCCCUUGCAUUCAACGAGCCCAACAUCAUUUCUCCUCAUGUCAAGGUGCAAGUGAAACAAGACACCACAACCGCUUCGUCACCCAUUUCCAUCGCCGAACCCAUUAAGGAUCACAUUCGCGCGAAGGGGAAGGCAAAGGUGGCAGACCUUGCUCAAGUUACCACGCCAGGCAGGAGGAUUAGUACGAUGCCGAAAGAUAUGUGGGAUGUUCCCAGCAGUCCGGCAGGCAACCAAGCGGCACCUGUUUUCGUUUCCGCGACAGUCAGGACACCCAGGAGCAACACUAAGCGAAAACGGGAGACCACUAUCGAUUUAACCUCUCCAUUGGCCAUUGGAAUGCCUUCUCAGGGCUCGACACAGCCGUUCGACAUCACGCCUGCUACAAGGAGGAAUGCUGGUUCUGUUCAUGAAAUCAAAAGAUCAAGGCAUGAGAACCUCGGGCCGUCAGGGCCGGCAGAAGACGACAUUGACAUGGUGGUGGUCCCAGACGAUGUCGGUGUACCCUCGUUUACAGAUCUGGUCUCUGGCCAGAAGCCUGUUUCUCUGUGCAUCGAGCCCCAGACUCUGAGCGCAAGUCAACGACUGGAGUACCAGUAUCACUCAGUUAACCCAUCUCCAGAGGAUCAAGGACCCGUACCCACUCAGCCAUUCUCUACUCUGCCAGCCACGGCUCGUUCAAGCGGGGCGACGACCAUUGCAUAUUCCACGCCGAGCCAGACGCGCGUGGUUGGCCUUCCGCUGGUGCCCUUGGCGGAUCAUACAACUCUUGAUACAGUACCAGAGCAGACACAACAGGCUUCUUUUCCAACACAACAUCUAGAGGCAAUCGUAGAGUUGCAAUCAUCGCCUGAUAUCAUAUCUGCUGCACCAGCCCGCCGGAAGAGGGACAGAUCCGACUGCAGUUUGCCCAAGACAGCAGAAGCUCAUGAAGGCCGUGAAAAGUGGGAAACAGAUGGCAUUGCCUUCCUCGAUGAAACUUAUAGGCCUCGCCUCAGUCAACGGAGGGGUAGCGACGCUUGUUGGCAAGACCAAGCAGAGAACCUAGAAGAGACGGAUAUGCCUGUGGCUGACAUGGGUCCUGCCGCGCAGCUCCCCACUGAGGAGCCUGCGCCAGCUAGCACAGCAAAGACGAAGAAGAGGGGACGGCCGAAGAAAUCUCAUGCAGCUGCUGUCGUCCCUACCGUCACUGCAGUGGUCCCGGUCUCGCCGCAAGCCAGUGAAUCGUGCGAUGUCGCCAAGGAUCUGAUAGGAGCGGACGUGGCAGUGGACGUGGCAGCGGGGACGCCGCAAACCAAGAAGCGUGGUCGGCCAAGGAAGACGAAUAAGGCUACGGCAGUGAGCACGCAGCAGGAGGCUGAGGCACAGCCUAUAGUAGAAGCAGCGAACCCGAGCGAUAGCAGCCAAGCCGAAACUGCAAUGGAUGAGAAGCAUACGAAAGAGAUGCAACCAUGCGAAAGGGCCAAAUCCAUCAGGGGCAGACGGGGCGAUAAGAAGCAAGAUCCGGUUGACUCUGUGGUAGAGACAUCAACAGGCGACGGCCCCCAGGCGAGGGACGGAUCUCUAGUGCUGCAGCCCGUGGCGUCCAAUGCGGCGUUGAAGCUCUGCUCUGAAGGACUGGGUCCAGAAAUCGCGGCACCAGAGCUGAAAGCGAUGGCUGACAAAACCGUAUCCGUCAAUGAGCAGGUUAAGGCGGAGGCGGUGGGCAAAGCCGAUAAAAAGAAGACUCCGACGAUGCCUGCUUCUUCGACGGGGAAGCCGAUAUAUCGAGUGGGGCUCAGCAGGAAGUCAAGGAUCGCGCCACUGCUUAAGUCACUUAGGAAAUGA